AGGCCAGCGGCGCGCGCGCGGGCUCGCCGGCCAACGCGAGCGGGAGGCAGCUGGCCGCCGCGGCGCAGCGCGGCCGCUGCGCGGCGAUCCUCCGCGACGCCGGGACCGACAGUGCGGCCCUGGAGCGGUCGUUCCGGCGCGCGGACGCGAAGCGCCGCGUAGCCGAGGCGAUGAAGUCAGAGUACGAGCAGAACGUUGUGUACAACAAGCAACAGGCGAAUGCCUUGUCUCAGCUUUUGCAGCGGCUGGACAAUGUCUCACAGGAUGCUGCGGGCUUUCGCACACGGGCGGGACGCAUACUUCAGGGCCACGUCGAGGAGCUGCUGGCGCUCGCCAGCGACCUGGCGCCGCAGCCCAGCGCGGACGAGCAGCACACGGCGCGGCUCGUUCGCAGCCUGGCCCAGAAGGUGCGCAGCCACCAGCUCUGUUUGCAGCUCCAGCGCGCCCGCGCCCUGGAGCUGAAGGGCGCGGUGGACGCGGCCGACGAGAGGCUCCUGAGGCUGCUGCUGGCCGACGCCGAGCGCAACCGCCACCGGGUGGUGCACCUGCGCGCGGAGGAGCAGCUGCUGGGGAGCCUGGCGUUCGCCAGGGCGAACGACCGCGAUCUGGGGAAGGUGUUCUUCGAGAAGGCCACCAAGCUGUGCUCCGACGACGGCCUUGGCUCCUCGCCGGACCCGGGCGCGGCGCGCCUGCCCCGGCCGCCGGCGUGAGCAGCGGGGGGCGCCGCGGGCGCGGCGGGCGCGGG